GUUAGGUUUAUCCCCUAUAUCUACUGAUAUAUCAAAAAAAAAAAAAAAAAAAAAACAAAAAAAAAACAACUCAAACCGUUCAAACUGGUCUAUAAAAUUGGCCACCCUGUAGUAGUAACUUGUAUUUCGCCGUUUGGCAUCACGUGAUCUGCAGAUAAGGGUCUUACUUCUUAUCCUACGUCAAAGCGCAGAUAAACUGACCCCUUUACUUCCCGGUGUUGUUCACAUCAACCGGUGCAAUCCGGCUGAAGACAAGCGUUUCGAAAUGUUGAACAGCUAGAUAACGAGUCCAUGUGCUUGCCGGUCGACUUCCAGUUUCCUUAAUACUGAAAAGACGAGGUCGACGAUUGUGCUUUGUUUCUCGUGGGAAGAGGGCUGUUUACAAAGUAUCUUAUACUACCCCUGGCAUGUGAUCCUUGAAUCACAGAUACAUACUGCUGGCAGUACAGUUGUACCAAGGAACAUUUGUAGUCAGACACAUCCGAAACCAUCCCACCCCAGUAACACGAGCUCAUACACGUGAGGACUAAACACGGCCAUGACCUCAACACGUCUGCUGUAACUGAGGAAAUAUUUUUGAACAUAACCACUGAGAGACUGGAACCUGUGGACACACCAACAUGGGGGGCUCGUCGUCCACAGCUGUGUGCUCCGUGUGUCAAGCAGUUCCCACCUCACCCUGCGUCCUGUCCUGCAAACACAGCUUCUGCCUGAAGUGUCUGGAAGAGAAGGUAGGGGGACAUAAGAAAGUCAUCUUGUGUCCUGUUUGUAACUCUUCAUCUGAGAUGCCUGCCGGAGGGGUCCGUGACCUCGCUGAGGGUCACAUGAUGUGUCACGUGCAUGGCGAGGAACGUGUCAUCUUCCAGUGUAGGCAGUGUGACCAAGUUAUCUGUAUCAGGUGCAAGCUGACCAGACAUGAGGGGCACUUCACCCAAGACCUGUCGGAGGUCGCUGCUGAAGGCAAAGAGAAGAUAAAAAAGGAGUUACCUCGCCUGCGUGCCUGUAUCAAAAAUAUGGAGCAGAAGGUGAUGAUACUUGAAGAAAGGGAGAAGUUUGUCCGAGACAAAGUCCAGGCCCGACACGAUCGUGUGGUUGCCCUGGCAGGAGCAUACCGCGACUGGGCUCUGAAAAAUCUGGAGAAAAUGUCGGACACCAAGGUGGCAGGUGAUGCAGAACCAGUGAAAAAGCGCCUCAACGCUCUGGUCCAGCUCCAAGACCGUGCUGAACGGGCGCUGAGUUCCACUUGUGACACGGAUGUCCUGCAUGUGGAGAGAGAGAUGACACUAGGACAAGGAAGCCCCAAACGGCUGAGUGAACUUCAAACUAUAUCGCAGUACACCAGUUACUUUCCUGUGCUCCCCCAUGAAUCUAGUGAAGAUAACGACUUGAGGAAGGACGUCAAGGAUUACAUCGAGAAGUACAUCGGGUCGCCAGUUGGUUACAUCUUACCUUCUAAGAGGUAGACUAAUAAACUGGACACCUUAAGCAAAAGACUUCUCUAGAUAUUUAGUGGAGGGCCACUUAAAAGUGUUUUUGUGUCUACCAUCCAUCACGUACUUUAAAUAGAAAAAAGCUUUUAAAAAAAUAAAGCUCAAAGUGAUUCUAACUGUCGGCUAUGUAAAAUAAAAAGUUUUACCGAAAAA